AUGCCCGAAUAUACACUACCUACACUCCCGCGGAUCGGACUAGCCGCCCGGCGGCGCAAGAUCGCCAAGGCCUGCGACUUCUGCCGUGAGCACCGUGUCCGAUGCGAAGCCGUCACGCCGUGUCCCCAAUGUGUGGCUAACGGCGUUACCUGUCACCGCUCGCGUAAAUCAAGUACUUCUCGAAGGAGUAGUUUGGUGCGAAGGCAUGGCGGAGCGGAUCGGCAAGCCGCCGAACGGCCCCUCAAAGAAAAUACUUCAAUGACUGCCUCUCAGCCCGAGGAAGCCUUAGUUCCAACACCGUCACCAUCAGCGAACCUGGCAUGGACCUCGCAUAAAACGGACUCAAUCUUAGGGUUUAUUGCCCGUAUCAAUGAGUUCUGUUCAAGCGCGGCGCCAACUUCUCUCAAUACAAUUCCAUCUGGAGAUGGUCCACAUUUAGAUCAAACCUCGCCUUUCCCACCUAGUAUUCUAGAGGAUUCACAUCAGGCAGAAUGCGACUUGUCACCUCACCAGACGAAACAUCUCCUGAAAAUUUUCUGGACUCGCCUUCGGCCAAGAAUGCCAAUCGUACAAUGGGAGGACCUAAAUCUCUCCAGCGAGGAGGUUCCUGGCGCGUCCUCGCCUCUGCGAGAUGCCAUCAAGGCAUACUCUUUACACUCUAUAUACUGCUCUAGUCUUCAUACUAGAAUUGUUGGUCUUAAUUGGCCACAAUUUGAUCGACAGAAGUCAACAAUUGGAAUGCCUUACUUUCAGCGUUGUCUUUCGGCUGUCACUCAAUUCGCCACAUUCGCUGUCCCGUCUUUAUCCGAUAUGCAAUGCUACUGCUAUCUGACCCUAUUCCUUCUUGAGGUAGGAUAUCACAAAGCAGCAUAUAAUAUGGUCGGACUAGGACUUCGCAUUGCCCAGUCGCUCAACUACAUGGACGCGCGACAUGGCGGAUACCGGGAAUGCCAGCUUUUUCGACGCGUCUGGUGGACAUUAAUUCAUCUUGAUUUUCGCUGCUCAAAACACGUGGGCAAACCUGUCAGUGUCAAUAUCGAUGAUUUGAUGUGCCUGAUACCUAGCAAGGAGGCAGAAGAUAUUCACCUUUCAAAUGGCUUGCUGUUUCAUACCGAAUCUAUUCGACUCACGGCCGAGGCACUGGUAGUGAAUGACUCCAUGGAGCGCCGGUCUUCUUCUCUGUUCAAUGGAGCAGCUGGAACCACACAAAUUGAAUCACGAGCAAAGUGCUUGUCAGAUUUGUUGUAUAAAUUGAGGAGAUGGCGCGACGAGCUACCCCAGGCAAAAGACUUUGCGAACAUGCAUUUUGACGUACCUGACCUGCCAUCCGCUCCGACAGAGGCAGUCAGCGUUGAAGAAAAAGAUACAGAACAGUCUCCAAUGAUCACUUUACUGAGCACUUCAUUAUUGCUGCAAUAUCACGAUGUGAUGGUUGGCCUUCACCGCGUAUUCAUACAGUUCCCCAAUCACCCACUCAUUCCAAAAUCCAGCCCGUUAGCAGACGCCCACGCCGCAACAGCACUCAACCAUGCUUUGACUAUGAUCAAAGUCUCACACAAUGCAAUGGCCACUCAAGAUAUUCUUCACGGUCUGUCUGAGUUAUAUCAGUAUCUGUGGAACGCAGUCAUAACAAUAAUUGGGUUCAUGCUCGCGUAUCCAUACUGUCACCGGUGUCCGGCAGCAAGAGAAUAUCUCCACCUGGCCCUUGAAAUCUUCGACUCUGCUGGCAAGGAGAAUUUCACAGCAACGAGAGCAGCUACUCUGACCCGGCACUUGUGCACCAAAGUCGACAGCCUGGUGCAAGUUUUAAACUUCAGUCAACUCACUCCUGCCACAUCGUCAUCUUCCGCUCCAACAACCGAGACUCAUGUCCUCCAGAAUCAUGCGAGUGAUACAUUGUGCCCGACCAGUCCAAAUGAUGGCUAUGCACCUCCUGACUUGAAUUUGGACUUGCUUGGACCCUGGACGGAUUUGAUCAAUUUAGAUGCAUGGCCUAAUUACUGUAAUGAGGUCAAUGAGGCUUUCAUGGACCCGGGGGAAUUCCUCGCACCGCAUAACCUGUGA